AAAAAAGAACGUUUUAUCCAAACGCUCAGCGGACGGAGCUGUGGCAGAAGAGGCGGCGUGACGGAGCAGAAGGGGCGGCGCGACGGAGCAGGAGAAGAUGGUGCGGCGCGGCGGGACCAGCUGCUGCUGCCCCCAUGCGCCGUCGCCGUGGGAGGACCUCGUUGGCGCCGCGAAGGGGGCACAGCUCAGGUUGGGUACGCCGUCGGCCAUCGCCGGCGGCGAGCACGCUCCACUGUGACAUGUCCGCCACAGCCAGUCCUCUCCCGCCUCCCCCGAUUCCGUGUCCUUGUCCAACGCAAAUCAAUGGAGCUGCCGACCCAGAUUGUUGUUGGCUGCUAUAAGAAGGGAGGGUCCUCGGCUCGAAUCUCCAUCAGGUCAGUUUUGGACGAAGCAUCCAAUGUCGACACCGAGUUCGCCGCAGGAAGAAGCGCCGAUUUCGCCGGAGGUAGAAGAAGCGCCGAGUUCGGCGAAGGUAGAAGAACAGCCGUCGAGCUGUCCAAUGUCGCCUGCGUCGGCUACAGCAGAAGACCUUAAGAUCAGCGAUGAACAUACGUCGAGCCGUCCAAUAUUUCCUGUGGCAGCAACACCAGAGAAAAUAGAUGACAUCACUGAACUGAACAUUGCAGAGGAUUUUGAUAACCGACCUUCCAAAAAGGCAAAAAUUUCUGAAUCAGGUGUUCUGGAACCAUCACCUGUGUCACCAACUAUGAAAACAUCUUCUCCAGGUUCAGAGUGUUUUGAAUCGAUCGUGCCGGUAUCAGAUAAUCAGAUGAAUCAUGAUACACUACCAUCACCUCCAUCCCCAUCUAGCUCGACAAUAUCUCAUGUUUCUCUAUUGCAUGAUGUUAAGGAACCAGAUUCACAUAAAGAGAUCAAAGUUGAUGAGACAUAUGAUUAUCUCCCACAAGACUAUACAUUGACCGACCAUGAUCUAUGUGCUCAUAUAGCAAUAGAAUCAUCUUUCAGAAAACAAUUGCUGGUUCAGAUAGAUGGAAGUUCUGUCUUGCAACAUCAACUGAUGUGCCUGCUAGAUGAAAAAGAGUGUGUAAAUGAUGAUGUGAUCAAUGCAUAUAUAUGUUGUAUAAAGGACCAAAUACAUCUCCAGAAUGAUAAUAAAGUAUAUUUUGAGAGUCCAUUUGUUACCUCACUAUUUAAACGAGAUGGCACCAUUGGAAUACAAGAAGAUAGUGCCUUCAUGACAGAGACUGUCCUUGAAUAUAUGCAGCAUGACAUGAUUAAACUUCCAAUAAAUGCCAAUAACACACAUUGGUAUUUAGCUGUUGUGAAUACAAAAAAAAUGUGAGGUUCAAGUACUAGACUCAUUGUGCUGGAAUUCUGACAGAGAUGAUCUCGCUAAUACGCUACGAGGAAUACAAUUUCAUUUGGACCUUCUUAAAAGUCAAAAGUUGGUAAGUGACGAUUGGAAAGACGUUGAUCUUACUGAAUGGAAGAUCACAGAACAAUUACAAAAGGCAAUUCAAAAAGAUAGCUCUUCAUGUGGUUUAUUUAUGGUUAAAUUUAUGGAAUUUUUUACCGGAUGUGCACUAUCCUACCCAAUUACACAGGAAAUGAUUACUUCUUUUAGAUUUAAGUUAGCCAGCAUACUAUUAUGUUGGAAAACAAACACGGCAGCAAUGACUACAAUCGUUGAAGAAAGUGACGAUGACAGCAAGGGGGAUCCUGAUGAUGUUCAAAUAUUGGAAAGUUUAGAUGAUAUAAAAAAACAAAAACAAAAAACCCGUUAUCUGUUGAAAACAAAUACAGAUCACUAAUAUCAAUUCUUUCUAAUAUGACCUUACAUGAGUUAACAGCUGGACUUUGUAGUUUCAUUAAAUCAAUCAAUUACACCGAGAUUUUAGAGAAAGUAUGGAUUCAGAGUUCAAAACCAUAUCCAAUAAGCUUGUCUCUUAGAAAACUACAAGGAAUGCUAAAGGAUGAUUUACCCAUGGACCGAGAUUGCUUUAACUUGAUCGUAUGAAAGAUUAUGUUGGAUGACAUCCAAACAUAAAAAAAAAAGCAAUUGAUGGCAAAGCAUUAUCUGGACAUGAAAUCUUGGAUGACUACUGAUUUUGGAAGGCACCCAGAUUUCCGUAAAAAGUUAGAUGUGGAGCAACUAGCAAAUUUUGUUCGUAGUUGGCCCGGUAUCAAAUAUAAUGUUUCAACAUGCAAAUCGAUCCAUAUCCCAGUAUAAUCCAUUGAUGAAUUCAUUCUAUUCACAUUGGACCAAGAUACAAGAACAGUAUACAUUUUGGACCCUACUCCUUUUAAUCCAAUAUACCGAUACAACCCACUCGCAAAAUAUUUGAAAAAAAUUAUAUGGAUUAACGAACACUUACCGAAAGCAAUGUCAAAAGCAUGCCCUGGGUCUAGAUGGAACGAGGAUACUCUCCUAUGGCAUCAUAAAAUCCUAGAUGAUAUUCCAGUUUACAACAGGGAACUGUCUGGUUAUCUUGUUCCCCUAUUCAUGUCCACAUGGGAAGAUGAAAGACAACAUUUGCCAUUUUUAAAGGAUGGAUAUGAACUCAGAAAACUAACUUUGGGCCAAGUGCUAACAUUCAAGGACAAUGAAUGUGAAGAUAACAUGCCUGCUGGUGUAUUGGAAUUCAUCAAUUGCAUUAGGAAAAUCCAAAAUUAAAUUGGGAGCUCAAUCGGUGGAAGGUGAUUUGUCAGAGAGAAUUCUUGCAGCCAACAAUUAAUAGACAAUGAGCAGGGAGACAAUGACAAUUAAUAAUAGAUUUUGGUUUCUACUUAAGAUAUCGCUUACAUAUAUGUAGAAAAAAUUUGGAGCUUGCUGGGAUAUAAUUUUUUUUGGGGUUACCAAUUAUGAGCGAUGAUGGAGUGCUUCAAUAUUUGAUGUUUGGGGGUUCAAACAUGACAAUACUGUGUAAAUCACAAAUAAUACAGAAUCAUGUACCGUGUUGAUCAAUAA